AUGGAUGUACCGCAGCCUGUGCCUGGUGUCCCGGAUGUCGCAGAAACCGGUCGCCAACAGAAUCUUGAGAUCUCUGGUCCCGAACUGGCGGCUACGGGGGAGUCAAUGGGACCUCCGGAGUUUCACAAUGGAUACAGCAGCGACUCUCGCGCUCACUACACCUCACAUAAUGGCGGUUUCGAUUCCCCAUCCACACAUGUAUCUCGGAACCAGGAGAAUGAUCAGUCUCGAGUUACUGAAUCUCCAACAUUAACCCAACAACCACGCCCGCCGUCAUCAUCGAGGCCGGGUUCCGGAUUGUCUAGCGGCCCUGAACAGCGACAAGGAAUAUCUCAAACAUCUCAAGAUGUCAGUCAGAGACCACCAUCUCAACCGACGAAAAAUAGUGUGGUGAUCAAGGUUGGAAUGGUUGGGGAUGCUCAAAUUGGCAAGACAAGUUUGAUGGUCAAGUAUGUGGAGGGCAGCUGGGACGAAGACUAUAUCCAGACUUUGGGGGUGAAUUUCAUGGAAAAAACAAUCUCCAUCAGGAACACGGAGAUCACUUUCUCGAUCUGGGAUCUGGGCGGUCAACGCGAAUUCGUCAAUAUGCUUCCGCUUGUGUGCAAUGACGCCGUUGCGAUUCUGUUUAUGUUUGACCUCACCCGCAAGAGCACAUUGAAUUCCAUCAAGGAAUGGUACCGGCAGGGCCGUGGAUUCAACAAGACAGCUAUUCCUUUCCUGGUCGGCACCAAGUAUGACCAUUUCGUCAAUUUUCCUCGAGAAGACCAAGAAGAGAUUUCCAUUCAGAAGAUGACCAGGCAUGUGCUGAUGAUUUCUCAGGCUAAGAGAUUCGCCAAAGCGAUGAAGGCGAGUUUGAUCUUCAGCAGUACCAGUCACAGCAUCAACGUGCAAAAGAUCUUUAAGAUUGUCCUUGCCAAAGCCUUUGAUCUGAAAUGCACCAUUCCCGAGAUCGAAAACAUUGGCGAGCCUCUCUUACUCUAUAAGAAUAAGUGGUACGAUUCCUUGGGUAGCAUCAAACUCGCCCUUUUGUUGCUAUGGACACCUCAGGCACCAGCUGCCAAAGCCUUGUGGGGUCAGGAUCCUGAGGUGGGGGAAAACACAUGUGAUUCGCCCAUGGGCGCCAGGAACCAGUUGCGUUGGUUCUUCGAUCAGAUGCAGUCAAAGGAAUAA